AUGUCGCUCGUCUCCGGGGAGAAGUACACCAACGUUCGUGGUCAGGAAAAGGUCAUGUACGCGCUCACCAAGAUUGGUGGUGUCGGUCGUCGUUACUCCAACAUUGUGUGCAAGAAGGCCGAUGUCGACCUGAAUAAGCGCGCCGGUGAGCUCACCUCCGAAGAGCUCGAGCGUAUCGUCACCAUCAUCCAGAACCCCACCCAGUACAAGAUCCCCUCGUGGUUCCUCAACAGACAGCGUGACAUCGUCGACGGCAAGGACAGCCAGAUCCUCGCCAACGGCGUCGCCUCCAAGCUCCGCGACGAUCUCGAGCGCCUCAAGAAGAUCCGCGCCCACCGCGGUCUCCGUCACUACUGGGGUCUCCGCGUCCGCGGUCAGCACACCAAGACCACCGGCCGCCGCGGCCGUACGGUCGGUGUGUCCAAGAAGAAGGGUGGUUAA